UUGUUCUCUCUGCAGGCUGCCGGCCGCCCAGAGGAGACUGCUGAGCCCCGGGCCAUGGUCCCUUCUCGCAGGACGUGGAACCUGGGAGCCACGCCCUCGCUGCUCGGCCUGUGGAGAGUGGGCUGGGCCGGGGAGCCUGAGCCUGGGAUGGCUCGCCCCGCCCCAGCCAGCCCGGCUGCCCGCCCUUUCCCACACACCGGCCCGGGGAGGUUGAGAACUGGGCGUGGAAAAGACACCCCUGCUGGUGGCGACGAGGACUCCAGUGCCCGCAGUGCAGCUCGCCCGGCCCUGGCUCAGUGCCGAGCCCUCAGCGUGGACUGGGCUGGCCCCGGGAGCCCCCACAGGCUCUAUCUGACCGUGCAGCAGGCCCUGCAGGACAAAGGGUGCGAGAGCAAGAGUAAGGGGACGAAGGAAGAGAAGCUCCUGAAGAGGCAGGCGCCGGCCCCCCGGCGGGACCGGGAGGCCCGGGAAGCUGGUGGCACCAUGAAUAUAGAGAAAACAGGUGGGCGGCUCUUUGGCGGCGGGAGGUGCUCGAGCCUGUCGGGGCCGCCAGGUGCGGCCCCCAUGGUGCAUAGGAUGGUGGAGGCCAUGUCCCAGCUGCAGGAGGAGAAAGCCCAGCUGCAGGAGGAGCUGGCGGCCCUACGGGAGAGGCUGGCCCUCCGCGACAGUGACCAGCAAGCCACAGCCACCCAGCUGCAGAACCAGGUGGAGAACCUGAAGGAGAAGCUCAUUAGCCAGGCCCAGGAAGUGAGCCGCCUGCGGUCAGAGCUGGGAGGCACCGACCUGGAGAAGCACCGGGACCUGCUGAUGGUGGAGAACGAGCGACUGAGGCAGGAGAUGCGGCGCUGCGAGGCCGAGCUGCAGGAGCUGCGGGCGAAGCCGGCGGCCCCCUGCACGGGCUGCGAGCACAGCCAGGAGAGCGCCCAGCUCCGCGACAAGCUGUCCCAGCUCCAGCUGGAGGUGGCGGAGAACAAAGGCAUGCUGUCGGAGCUGAACCUGGAGGUGCAGCAGAAGACCGACCGGCUGGCCGAGGUGGAGCUGCGGCUCAAGGACUGCCUGGCUGAGAAGGCGCAGGAGGAGGAGCGGCUGAGCCGGCGCCUGCGUGACAGCCACGAGACUAUCGCCAGCCUGCGGGCCCAGUCGCCGCCCGUCAAGUAUGUCAUCAAGACGGUGGAGGUGGAGUCGUCCAAGACCACGCAGGCCCUCAGCGAGUCCCAGGCCCACAACCAGCACCUGCAGGAGCAGGUGGCCAUGCAGAGGCAGGUGCUGAAGGAGAUGGAGCAGCAGCUGCAGAGCGCGCACCAGCUGACUGCACAGCUCCGGGCGCAGAUCGCCAUGUACGAGGCGGAGCUGGAGCGGGCCCACGGGCAGAUGCUGGAGGAGAUGCAGUCCCUGGAGGAGGACAAGAACCGGGCCAUCGAGGAGGCCUUCGCCAGAGCCCAGGUGGAGAUGAAGGCCGUGCACGAGAACCUGGCAGGCGUCCGGACCAACCUGCUGACACUGCAGCCGGCGCUGCGGACCCUCACCAACGACUACAACGGGCUCAAGCGGCAGGUGCGCGGCUUCCCCCUGCUGCUGCAGGAGGCCCUCAAGAGCGUCAAGGCCGAGAUCGGCCAGGCCAUCGAGGAGGUCAACGGCAACAACCAGGAGCUGCUGCGCAAGUACCGCCGGGAGCUGCAGCUGCGCAAGAAGUGCCACAACGAGCUCGUGCGGCUGAAAGGGAACAUCCGGGUGAUUGCUCGUGUCCGGCCAGUCACCAAAGAGGACGGGGAAGGACCUGAGGCGACCAAUGCGGUGACCUUCGAUCCCGACGAUGACUCCAUCAUCCACCUGCUGCACAGAGGAAAGCCUGUGUCCUUUGAGCUGGACAAGGUCUUCUCCCCGCGGGCCUCACAGCAGGAUGUGUUCCAGGAGGUGCAGGCCCUGAUCACCUCCUGCAUCGACGGCUUCAAUGUCUGCAUCUUCGCCUAUGGUCAGACGGGCGCCGGCAAGACGUACACAAUGGAGGGGACCCCUGAGAACCCAGGCAUCAACCAGCGGGCCCUGCAGCUGCUCUUUUCUGAGGUGCAGGAGAAGGCGUCUGACUGGGAGUACACCAUCACCGUCAGCGCGGCCGAGAUCUACAAUGAGGCCCUCAGGGACCUGCUGGGGCAGGAGCCCCAGGAGAAGCUGGAGAUCCGGCUGUGCCCGGACGGCAGCGGGCAGCUGUACGUGCCGGGGCUGACGGAGUUCCGGGUGCAGAGCGUGGACGACAUCAACAAGGUGUUUGAGUUCGGCCACACCAACCGCACAACGGAGUUCACCAACCUGAAUGAGCACAGCUCCCGCUCGCACGCCCUGCUCAUCGUGACGGUGCGCGGUGUGGACUGCAGCACGGGCCUCCGCACCACGGGGAAGCUCAACCUGGUGGACCUGGCUGGCUCGGAGCGCGUGGGCAAGUCGGGGGCCGAGGGCAGCCGCCUGCGGGAGGCGCAGCACAUCAACAAGUCCCUGUCAGCCCUGGGGGACGUCAUUGCUGCCCUGCGCUCCCGCCAGGGUCACGUGCCCUUCCGCAACUCCAAACUCACCUACCUGCUGCAGGACUCGCUCAGCGGGGACAGCAAGACCCUCAUGGUGGUGCAGGUGUCCCCCGUGGAGAAGAACACCAGCGAGACGCUCUACUCCCUCAAGUUUGCUGAGAGGGUCCGCUCUGUGGAGCUGGGCCCCGGGUCCCGCAGGGCAGAGCUCGGGUCCUGGUCCAGCCAGGAGCAUCUGGAGUGGGAGCCAGCUUGUCAGACGCCGCAGCCCGCAGCACGAGCCCAUUCGGCACCCGGCUCUGGGACCACUAGCCGCCCAGGCUCCAUCCGGAGGAAGCUGCAGCCCUCAGCCUGACGGCUGGGGCUGCAGAGUCUCCAGGGAAGUCAAGGCCGGUGCCGGUGUGAUGGACGUGUCCACCCUGCUGGACGAGGAACUGGGUCCUGAGGCCUCGCUGGCCUGUUUCUGCUGCAACUCUGGGAGCUGGGGAGGUGGAGGCCUGAGUGGAGGCUCCUCUUCUGCUCCGUCUCCCCUCAGAGAUGAGAAACAUGUUCAGAAGGAAAUGGUGUCUCGGCUGUGGCUCUGGGUGCAGGUGGCAUGGGCCAUAUGGGCAGGGAUGGCCGCUCCACCUGGAGGCCCGGGCCGUCCGAGUGGGCCCUAGUGGGGAGGGCAGG